UGCGCCCUCCAGACGCGGAAGCGAAUCGCAGCUGUCAAACAGAUUUGAUUGUAAAUCGGACUCAGCGCUACUCUAACGGGAAAACAUCACUUAGCUGUGCUUCAAAAUGGAUUCCCCACGUUGGCUGCCUCUUGAGUCAAACCCAGAAGUCAUGACUAAAUUUGUUAGCUGUUUGGGUAUGAAGCCAACCUGGCAGUUUGGGGAUGUGUAUGGAUUGGAUCCAGAGCUUCUCAGCAUGGUACCAAGACCAGUGUGCGCGGUGCUACUCCUCUUUCCAGUGACAGAGAAGUAUGAAGCAUUUAAACAAGAAGAGGAGGAGAAGCUCAAAGAUCAGCCUCAGGAGGUUUCUCCAGACGUCUACUUCAUUAAGCAAACUAUUGGAAACGCUUGUGGAACAAUAGGAUUAAUUCACGCUGUGGCAAACAACCAGGCACAUCUGGAAUUUGAACCUGAUUCCCCUCUUAAGAAAUUUCUUGAACAAACAUCUAAAAUGACCCCGGAGGAAAGGGCAACCUUCCUGGAAAAAGACGAGAGUAUACGUGUUACCCAUGAAUCCAGUGCACAGGAAGGACAGACUGAGGCACCAAGUUUAGACGAGAAAGUGAAUCUGCAUUUUAUAGCUUUUGUGAAUGUUGGAGGGCACUUAUAUGAACUGGAUGGCCGUAAGCCUUUCCCUAUUGCCCAUGGAAAAACCUCAGAGGAUACUUUCCUUGAGGAUGCUGUAGAGGUUUGCAAAGUCUUUAUGGCUCGCGACCCUCAGGAGGUUCGUUUCACCAUCAUUGCCCUCUCCAAAGAUUCAUACUGAGGAAACUUCUCUCUUUUUUCCUCUUUUUUCUUUGACCCUAGAAAACAAAGACAACAUUACUGCCAAACAUUCUUAAGUGCUGACUUUAUUUAAUUUUUUUUUUUUUCAAAAUGCUAUAGCAAGUCAAUGUGUGAAGAAAAUAAAAUGUCAGGGAUAUCCAUGUAAAGUAAUUUCCACUUGUGUUCUACAUAGUUGUUAAAUUAAUUCUAAAGCAAACAGAGUGCUGCUUGUCAAUAAAGGUAUUUCUCAUUGAGAUCUGAAUUUUCCAGCUCGCCUCUGCUGACAUCUCUAAAUGUCAUACAGGUGUUAGCUGUAUGGUCUCGACAUUGCACUACGGUUUGUUUACUUAAUUUUUGGCCUUUUAGUGCAGAAGGAAAUGUUAAAAAAUUCUACAUCACUGAGGAAAGUCAACAUUUUUACUCAGACUUCAAUGACACAUACUGUAUGUAGUGAUUUGUUUUAAAUGAGAUGUCUAAUCACAUGCUCAACACAAGCUGAAGAAACACAUUUUGCAAGCUAUUUCAUUCAUAGCUUUGAGGGGAAAAAAUAGGCCUAAUGUUGUUGGAUGCAGUAAUGAUGUUGAAGUGAGGCUCACUAAACACGCAGACUAUACAGCUGUAAAUCUGUGUGGAAGAUGCCUAGAUUUUUGUAAUAAGAAAUAUGUCAAAUAAAUGAAAAAUUUAUUAAGCUCU